AUGCCACGCCAUGUUCCACUGCACCCAUGGGAGGUUCCUGGAGGGGUAUGGAGAAGGAUUCACAUUGAUUUUGCAGGUCCAUUCAUGAGUCACAUGUUUCUGAUAGUGGUCGAUGCAUACUCCAAGUGGCUAGAUGUCUUCAAAAUGUCACGGAUAACCUCAGCAGCCACCAUCACAAGGCUUAAAAGACUGUUUGCAGCACAAGGAGUACCCGAACAAAUCGUCACUGACAACGCCACAACCUUCAUGUCGGAUGAGUUCCAACUCUUCACAAAAAGGAACGGAAUCUUGCACACUACUGGAGCACCGAAACAUCCUGCUCAAAAUGGACUUGCUGAGAGAUGCAUUGCAACCUUCAAGGCUGGCAUGAAGAUGCUUGCAAAAGAGAUCCUGAGUGUUGAUGAUAAGAUUUCACACUUCUUACUGCGUUAUCGCACAACACCAAAUAGUACAACUGGAGAGUCACCAGCAGACUUGUUCUUAAAGAGACAUGUACGAACACGGCUGGAUUUCCUUAAACCGAGCAUCUCUGACACGGUGAGGAGGAGACAGUAUCAACAGAAGGAGGAACAUGAUCGUCAGGCUGCCGACAGACAGUUUGAUGUGGAUGACCCCGUCUAUCUACGCAACACAGCAGGAGAACAUCCCAAAUGGAUCCCUGGAGUAGUGACACAGCGGACUGGACCAGUGUCAUACCAUGUGCAAGGUGAAACUGAUCAGGUAUACAGGCGCCAUGGAGACCAGCUGCAUCUUCGAUACCCACCUGACAUUUUAGAUCCUGGACCUGAAAGUGCGACUCAGUCAGCUGAGCAGGAAGACUUUGACGAACCGGAGUCCACAACACCUGCAUCACCAGCUUUGGCACCAGACCUGCCUGAGCCACUUGUGCCAGAGACAGUCACUCUGAGACGUUCAGGACGUAAAGCACAACGCCCUUUAUGUUACAGGGAUUGAUUGUGAUGUCAUAAUUGAAAGAUGUUCAAAUUGAGUUUGUUUAUUAUUGAAGAAAUGUUAUGCAGUAUGAUGGAUAAGGGAAUGUGAAUUUGUUAUGUACCUUUUAAACUAAGGGGGGAGGUAAUGUGGUGUAUUAACCAUCUUAGUUAUUUGUAUGUUGUUUGGAAGCAUUGACUUCCCGUACUUUGUAUUGCCAUUCACUGCGCAAGUGUGAAAUGUUACCUGUCAUGCUAAGCUCUUCCCCACGAGGUUAAUGGCGAAACUCGACUGUUGAAUACAUAAUAGAAAACGCG